GUAGAGGGGCAGGACCUACGUUGUCUGGGGUUCUAUGACUGCCCCUGGCAGGUGAUGCCGCUGCUCACACGGGGCUUGAAGAGCCUCCCUGCUUAUCCGGUUACGAUUACGCCGAGGUGACCUGGUUGUUUCAGGCCCGUCGACGGCUCCAGCGCGCCGCGGACGCUCGGCCAGCCCUUCCCCGCCCGGCGCGUCCUGCGCGCAGCCUCAGCACCAGCAACCUGCAACCAGCGGAGCGGAGCUGUCCACACGUUCAGCACUUGUCUCCUCGGGAGGAAGGGAGGCAGACCUCGGACAUCUCCCCCCCUGCACGUUUCCACUCGACAUCUCAAGGAUGGCGUCAACGCGCGUUGUUGGGCUCUUCGUCCUGCUCCAGCUUCUCGCCCUGAAUGUGCUGAGCCCGAUCUCCGCCUUCCCCACUCCGACAUCUCCAUCGGACGAUAAAAGUGUGUACAAUAGGCAGCUGACAGAGGAAAAACCACUACAAGAGCAGAUUGCUGAGGCGGACAGCGUGAAGGCUGCAGUCCAGUUGGCCGAGAGCAGGCGUCCCGCCGCAGCCAAGGACGCAGAGUCCGAGCAGGGCCGUGAAGACUUGACUGUGCUCAAGUCACUGGCUGACGGCCAGAAAUCACAGGAGGCCGCCGCUGGGGUGCCGGCCGAGAAGGAGGAUCAGUACGUCCCCGAUGAAUCCGAUUCCACUAAGAGCCGACGUCUGGCGGACGACUACGACUCCACCAAGAACGGAAUGGACAGCGACGACCCGGAGAGCUUCCGUCAGGUGGACGGCACUCCGCUGACGGCAGAGGACAUCGUCCAGAAGAUUGCGAACAAGAUCUACGAGGAGGAUGACAGAGGGGUGUUCGACAGGAUCGUCUCCAAACUGCUCAAACUGGGCCUGAUCACAGAUAGUCAGGCAGACACCCUGGAGUACCAGGUGGCAGAGGCUCUCCAGGAUCUCAUCACCAAAAACGCCAAGAAAAACGAGAUCGAGGACAUGGAGGGCGACGACCAAGAAGCCAGGGGAGAGCAGGACGACCAGGGCUCCGACAUAGACAUGGACACAUGGGAGCAGCCCAGGCGCCGCUACAACGAAGACGAGGAGGAAGAGGAAGAAGAUGACGAUGAGAUUGAAGACGACGUGGACAGGGACGCAGAGGACGCCGGAGCCGACGCGGCCGACAAGACCUGGGUAAAGGACGCAGAAGAAGGCAACGAGGUGAGCCCCGAAGACGGGCUCCAGGACCUGCAGUACUUCCCCAACUUCUACAGUCUGCUCAGGAGCCUCAACUCAGAUCAAGACACUCAGGAGAGGGAGACGUUGAUCACCAUCAUGAAGACGCUGAUUGACUUUGUGAAGAUGAUGGUGAAGUACGGCACCAUCACGCCGGAGGAGGGGGUGUCCUAUCUGGAGAACCUGGACGCCAUGAUUGCCAUGCAGACCAAGAACAAACUGGGCAAGUCUCUAGGGCCCGACGUCAUCGGACCCAACGGCAAAACCCUGGAUGAGGAUGAUAACACCAAGGCCGAGGCCGCCAAGAUGCUGAAGGAAUAUGAGAACCUGAAAGACUCAACCAAGGAGGAGCAGCCAUCAUCUGAGACCAAUCAGCCUGGCAAGUCAGAGGCUUAUCUGGAGGCCAUCAGGAAGAACAUCGAGUGGCUGAAGAAACACAACAAAGAAGACGGCAAAGAUGAUUAUGACCUGUCCAAGCUGAAGGACUUCAUGGACCAGCAGGUUGAAUCCUACAUCGAGAAGGGCAUCAUCGCCAAGGACGAAGGCGACACCAUCAAGAGGAUCUACGGCAGCCUGUAAGGCUCGUCGACACCCACCCUCCAGCCAAAACUCUGGGCCAAAACACAGGACUGAAUCUGACACUAAGGUCUCCAUCAAAACCCAGACUACUCCCAGUUAUUUCCCACGGCAUGGUAAAGUAUUUGCCGUGUCUUCAAAACUACCUGCUUAGGGUUGUUUACCCUCUCAGACAUUCCCAAUAUGUAUCAAGAAAAGGGAUUUAUUCAUGAAAUCAACCAAACUGAAAAUUCCUUCCAGGUACCUUUGCUGAUUGUAUUUGCACGCCGAGGUCAGAAAAAUAAUCGGUAGAAGAGAGGAAUCAAAAAAUUCUGCGUAAUGAACUCACGCGCAAGCAUUUACUCUAAAGCAGACUCCUGUGAGGAAAUUAAUGUGAUCAGAGUAUGAUGCUGUAGCUCUGUCAUCAAAUACUACUCCCAAAAACAUUUCUUUGCAAAAACGAAAUACACAUAUAUCAAAUUGUACUCAUUGUGUAAACUGUCUUAGCCUAGUAUCUUUAUUUCUAUCCAAGUGUAACUGUAAGAUCUUAAAAACGUGUCCCUGCUUUUUAUUUACCAAAAAAUAUAUUUGUUGUGUAUCAUGUCCGUGCUCCGCUGUUCUGUUCUGCUGUAAUCCUUGGGGCCCACUAGGGGGCGAUGUCUGCACCAUCUCCUCUCUUGCAUGUCCCUGUGAGUUCAACAUUUACAUCUCUGUAGAGAAACAAGAUGAAGUAUUUUUAAAUGUAAAUAUUUGUGAUUUUUUUCCUAAAAUGUAAAAAGCAAUUAAAACGUUGCCUUUUCUUUA